AUGCGUCUCUCAUCAUGCCUGCUCAUUGCCAGCCUCAGCGGCGUCCACGCCUUCUAUCCGUGGGAACUGCGGGUGGAACUCGGUACCGUUGAGCCAAUCCAGCGUCGCUUUAUGCCAUGGAGCUUGGUUGAAGCCAAGAUCGACAACACCGAUACAAAGCCCCCAACACUCGACCUGAAGAAACUCCCCGUUCGUCGCGAUGACACUUACAAGAUCGUCGAGGCCUACACGCCGUCAAUGGCAGACAGUGCGCCAUUGAACCAGGAUGGAACCGAUUACUCUUACUUCUCCCCCGUGUUGGUGGGUUCGCAGAAGACUGAAAUGUGGUUGGCACUCGACACCGGUGCGCCCAACACGUGGGUCUUUGACUCCGAAUGCACCGAGGCUGUCUGCACACAGCACCACACAUUCGACAGGUCAGCCUCGAGCAGCUACGUCUCCAACAGCUCGACAUUCAGUCUCGGCUAUGGCAGUGGCACCGUCGUUGGACAAAUGGGAACAGACACUCUCUCAAUCGCAGGCAUUGAUGUGUCAUUGGAAUUUGGCCAGGCAAACAAUGCCUCGGACACUUUCAAGAGCUACCCAUUUGACGGGAUUCUGGGUCUAGGCCGCUCCCACACAGCCGGGUGGAAUCUUCCGUCGUUUAUGGAUCGUGUUGCUGAGAGUGGACACCUCAAGAACAACUUUAUCGGGUUCAGUCUAUCUCGCGCAGCAGAUGACGCCAAGGACGGAGCGGUCAACUUUGGCGUUCUCGAUACAACCAAAUAUGAUGGGAGCAUUAAGUACACCGCCACCGACUCGGACAUCUGGAAUAUCCCCUUGGAUGACGCCUAUGUGAAUGGCCAGGCUUGCAAGCUUUCCGGAAAAUCCGCUACAAUCGACACCGGAACCACCUACAUUCUGAUUCCCCCCGAUGACGCAGCAGUCGUCUUCGGUCUUAUCCCGGGUUCAUCUGCAUCAGGCAGCAACUACAUGAUCCCAUGCAACACAAAUGCGACACUGGAGUUCGAGUUCUCGGGUGUCAAAUAUUCCGUCUCGCCCAAAGAUUAUGUAGGAAAGCCAACAGCGUCCGGCUCAGACUCUUGCAUUUCGACCAUUGUGAGCUAUGCAUCCAACGGAACAGACACCUGGCUUGUCGGCGAUGUGUUCCUGAAGAAUGUCUACACUGUUUUCGAUUAUGACAACGCGCAAAUCGGUUUCGGGUCGCUUGCUUCUGGCUCAACCGAGGGUAAUGGAACAUAUACUGCACCCCCAACCUCGCCUACUGCUGCGGCUGCUGCUUCCAGUGCUAGCGAAGCUGCAGCAGUGUCUACCGCCUCCUCCGCCGCGAUAUCAACAGUCUCCGGCAGCUCUGCAACACAACUCACCCGUGGCAUUAGCUGGUCUAUGUUCACAGUCAUCCUCGGCGCUUUCUUCGUUUGA